UCAGAAUAGCCAGUACAGCAUGAUGCCUAUGUUUCUGUAGUCUCUCUUGGCUUUGACUCUCUUUUCUCUCAAUUGAAAAUUUCUGGAUGUUUGUUCUCUUUAGGAAGACAUCCUUUCUGAGAUAACCCUGAGGGUAACAGAAUGGCUUUGGAGGAGAGAGAAAAAACUGGGUUGAAGGUGUCAGAAUCUGACUGUUGAUUCCAUGUGUUCCAGAAUAGUCUUCAUGAUUCAUCAGCCUUCAGCCUAUCAUGACAUUUCAUGUCAGAAAAUUUUUAUUGCUGGUGACUUUCUUACUAUUUGCUUUGAUAGCUUGGUUAUUAUGUAUUGACUUAGGAAGUUCUGUAUAUUGGAGAGUAUGGCAUUUUAACAACACAAACAUUUCCACUGUCUGGAUUGGGCUUUGGAAAUUCUGCUAUCUUCAGUGGAAUUUUGAGUUAAAAUUUGAGUUAACUUAUCCAACAGUAAUCUGUAUGAAAAUCAAUUCAAGUUGGGUUUUCCCCCAAGAACUGAAAUAUAGUCAGGACCUGAUCACAUUGUCCAUCUUCCUGCAAAUGAUUGGUCAGAUUUUCAGUUUUGGGGCAUUUCUGAUGAUCUUCAAGAAUGAAUCAUACCCAUAUUUCAUUGACACAUGUCAUCUAAUUGCUGGAUGUUGCUUCAUCAUCAGUGGCAUCAGUAUCAGUAUCUCAGUGAUCUGUAAUACUUACAUGGAUAUAACAGACAUUAGCGCCUUGGAAUUGCCACAAGAUUUUCCAGUUAAAUGGGACACAAUAAUUUACAAAGAAAUUGGGCUUGCUUUUCCAAUGGGAAUUUCAAGUGCAGUUUGUUCGUUUAUAAGUGGAGUCUUUUUUUUUUGCCAUUCACUUUGUUCAAAGUUUUCAAGAGUGCAUCCUCAGGACAACAUUUUAAAUAGUAAAUAAACAAACUGACAAGAAAAAAUGCCAAAUAAAGUGACAAGAGAGCUGAUUCCUUUGUGAACUGGGCCAAAGGAAUUUCUCUUAAAAAUUUUUUGAACCUAUUUCUGGACAUAGCAGUUUUCACUCUUUGUUUUCUGGUGCUAUAUUGAGUGAAGUGUACACAUUUUUAGCCUUUGUAAAUAUCAAUGUGUAUAGUCUUUAUAUUGAUUUAUUAAUAUGUGUAUUAUUUAAUG